CAUCCCCAGAUUUCAGCGUUUGGACUAUAUUUUUUCUGCUGCUGCACGGCCAUCAUGCGCUGGUUUCUGUGUGGAUUCUGUGUGCUUACGGUGCUCAACGUGUCAGCCGCUGCGAGCCGCGAGCUGUCCAUCAUCCAGAAGCCUCGCUUCUACGGGGUGAGGCCCGGCCGCUUCGUCACGGUCUACUGCGCGUCCUCCCACCAGCACCUGCCGACCGUGGUGAGCUGGUACAAGGCCGCCCGCUACAACCAUGACGCCGCACAGCGACGCCUGCUGGACGGGGUGGUGACCCGCGACAAAGACGUCACGCUCAACGCCUUCCUCAUCCUCCACGAUUUGCGUCCCGAAGACAGCGGCGUCUACUUCUGCCGCAUCAAUGAAACGUGGGGGGGCGGCACUCAACUGCAAGUCGCCAGGCCCGUCAACCGAGAACAGGCGGUCCACCGCAGCAACAUGAAGGACGGCCUCAUGGUCCUUCAAGGCCUGAUGCUGGCCUUCAUCGUGACGCUUUUACUUCAAUGCAAUCGCAAAAUGUUGAAAUCGAAAAUGAAAGAGAGCAUCUACGAGGAGCCCGAACUCGAACACAUCUACGAGGGUCUGACCAUCGAGGGCUGCGGAGGAGGGGACUUGUACGAGGAGCUGGCCGUCUACGCCGAGGCCGGCGACGGCGCCGAGGCCCCGUGGGAGUGACGCCGCCCUGCCGACUCUCGGCGGCCAUGUCGUCGCUUUUAGGCGUACGAUACGUGAGUUGAAGUUUUCCACGCUCCCUGUCGCGUCCCAUCGACGUCACGUCCGACGGCGUGUUGCUGUUAUUUCUUUGUUUGGUUUUCAUAUUAAA